AUGGCUUGCGAGUCGCAGGUAGUGCCAUACAUGCCUCCUCUGACGGCCAGCGUCUUUGCGAGGCCUGCGGAGCUGCUCGGCUUACCGCAAGCGAUGGUCUCGUCUUUUGAGAUGGCAUUCUGCAACAUCUCGACAGUAGACCUGGAUGCAACCGCCGAAAAAGAGGAAUUCCCUUUGGUUGUGUUCUCGCCUGGUCUGGGCGGUACAAGGUUCAUGUAUAGUGCGAUGGCGAGGUUGCUGUCGAGCCUGGGUCAUAUUAUUUUAGUGCUCGACCACACCUACGAGACCGCGGUGGUAGAGUUCCCGGACGGAAGCGCUGCAUUCUCAUCUGAUCCGGAGCUAGCAAAUUCUACAGUCACUUUGGAAGGACUCGAGACGCUCACGGACUUCCUCUUUGGAAGAUUUCCCGGCACCUUUGACCCCCACAGAAUCGUCGUCUCGGGGCACUCGUUCGGUGGUGCCACCGCCGCGGCCGCCGCGCACCGCGACGCCCGCGUCGUCGGCGGCAUCAAUUUCGACGGCCCGAUCCUCCCCCCGGUGGACGCGGAAGGCUUCGAGGGCAAACCGUUCGUGCUCGUGUCCCAAUCCAUCGGCAACGACUCGGCGCCGGUGCCGUUCUGGGAGGAUUUUUACGGCAACCUCGAGGGCGCCAAGAUGCAGUCGGCGAUGAGGGGCACCAAACACUACGCCUUUUCCGACAUACCGCUGCUCCUGACGGCGUAUCGGGUCCCGGCGGCGUCGCAGCCUCGGGUGGACGCCAUAUUUGGCACGCUGGACGGCAGGAGGGUUGAGGGUGCGAUGAACGAUAUCACGGUCGGGCUGGUUGAAUUGCUGUUUAAUAACCGAAGUGCGCCGCUGAGGAAUGUGGGCAGGAACCGCGAUAUUGCUGUCCUUCUCAGCAACCUCCCCGGUUGCCAGUAG